AUGCCUGUAGUCAAAGGAGGUGUCUGGACCAAUAUCGAGGACGAAGUGCUUCGUGCAGCUGUCUCCAAAUAUGGUCUCAAUCAAUGGGCUCGAGUGUCCUCUCUCCUCGCUCGGAAAACGCCGAAGCAAUGCAAAGCGCGCUGGAUCGAAUGGCUGGAUCCUGGUAUUCGCAAGGUCGAGUGGUCGCGAGAGGAGGAUGAGAAGCUUCUGCAUCUUGCCAAACUGAUGCCCACACAAUGGCGUACCAUCGCCCCCAUCGUCGGCCGCACCGCAACACAGUGUCUUGAACGAUACCAAAAACUUCUAGACGAGGCUGAGGCCCGUGAAAACGAUGAUCUUGGUUUGGGCGGACCGGAGGGUGGAGAGGCUUCUGCUCCCAGCGCGGAUGAUGUUCGCCGCUUACGCCCCGGUGAGCUGGACCCUGACCCAGAAUCGAAGCCUGCGCGUCCCGACACAAUCGAUCUGGAUGAAGAUGAGAAAGAAAUGCUCAGCGAGGCGCGAGCGCGUCUUGCUAACACACAGGGUAAAAAGGCCAAGCGAAAGGCCCGAGAACGUCAAUUAGAAGAGUCCCGUCGACUCGCAGUGCUACAGAAGCGCCGUGAGCUCAAGAACGCCGGUAUCAACGUUAAGGUUGUGACUCGAAAGCCUGGCCAGAUGGACUACAAUGCAGACAUUCCAUUUGAGAAGCCAGCUGCACCGGGAUUCUACGAUACUGCAGAGGAAGAGGUGCGAAAUGAGCGCCAACGUGAAAUGUUCGACCCUCGGAAGCAGCAGCUGGCCAACAAGCGAAAGGGCGAUCAAGAUGACGAUGCCGAGCGCAAGAAACGGAAGAACGACAAAAACAGCAACGCGGCUGCAUUUGCGGCUGCCGCACGUGCGGGCCAAAUGCAAAAGAUUCGGGAAGCAGAGCAAAGCAGCAUGCGACGAGGACUGGUUCUGCCUGCCCCCCAAAUCAGCGAAGGUGAGAUGGAAGACAUUAUAAAGAUGGGCAUGGCCGGAGAAAAGGCAAGCAAAAUGAGCUCAGACGAGGAAGCCACUCGGGGACUCAUUGGAAAAUAUGGAUCGAUUGUUGGAGGCACUCCCAUUCGUACUCCACGUGCUGCCCCUGAAGAGGACCGCAUCGCAAACGAGAUCAAAAACAUUCGGGCUUUGACCGAAACACAAUCCUCUCUGCUUGGUGGAGAAAACACCCCCCUCCACGAAGGCGGUUCCUCUACUGGCUUCGAUGGCAUCGCUCCGCGGAGGCAGGAUAUUGUCACACCCAACCCUAUGGCCACCCCGUUCAGACAGGCCAACGGAAUGGGCGCAACUCCUAUGCACGGUGGAAUUGGGCCUGGCGCUACCCCUCUCCGCACACCGCGCGAUCAUUUUUCUUUGAACGAAGAAGGCGCAGCUGGACAGCUUAUUGGCAGCACACCGCGAGAUAUCAAGUUGCAUGAAAAUUUCACGCGCCAGCAGAUCCGCAGCAAGCUAUCUUUGCUCCCUAAACCCAAGGAGUCAGAGUGGGAAUUGGAAGAGCUUCCAUCUGAAACAGCUGAGCCCUCAGACUCUGUCGCAUUCACUCAGGAAGAUGCGGCUGAGCGGGACCGCAGAGAGCAGGAAGCCCGGGAGCUGGCCGCCCAGGCUGAAUUCAAGCGCCAGUCACAGGUCUAUCAGCGUGGCCUCCCUCGACCAGUCGUUCUUGACAUUGAUGCUUUAAUGAAGCGUGCUUCUGAAGUCAACAAUUCAAUCGAGGGUCUGAUUGCCCGAGAAGCUGCUGUACUGAUUGCAUAUGAUUCUCGGAAGCACCCGUUGCCUGGUGCCAAGGUUGAGGGCAAGGCACCUAAAUUGGGACGUCCGGACGAUAUGUUCAUGGAUUCAGCGCGCGCAGCUAUUGCGGCCGAAAUGGCCUCGACUGAAGCCCAGCAACAGCAAGAGGUGUGGCAAGAGAAGUUUGACGAUGUCUGGUCGUCAACUCGUGCCAAUGCCCUUCCGGGCCUCGAUGGCUACGCCGACGAUGAAGAGCAAGAUCAAUUCCUUGAGGAACAACGCAUGAUCGCAGCGUUCGAUAGCGUUCAAACAUCUCUUCUCGCCACUGCCGAGCAGGGCAACAAACUCGAAGGAAAGCUUGCCAAGGUUCAUGGCGGAUACCAGAAACGAGCCAAGACACUCCGCGCCAAGAUUCUUGAAGCCGGCACCGCUUUGCCCAAGGUCCAAGACGACUUGGACUCUUUCCGCACACUCCAGAUCUCCGAAGAAGCAGCCAUUUCUCGGCGCUUAGAGAAGCUACGGGAAGAUGUGUCCUUUGUCAUGCGUCGGGAGCGGGAGGCCCAGGAAUUGUAUAAGACACGGAAGGAUGAGCUGGAUGAGUUGGUUGCUGGUACCGCCACCGUGAAUGGAUGGCAUUGA